ACUAUCGAGUCGAUUUCGCGAAGACUACAACAUUAGCUAAAAAAAAGAAAUUCUGGCCUAUUGUCUUGGCAUUGUGACUUUUAAAAAAAAUUUUCAACACCAUAUAAGUAAAUUUUUAUAUUUAUAUAAUAUGUUGCUCACGAAAAAUUGUUUUACUGUACUAAAUUUGCGAAACUCCAGAUGUUUGAGUCUAUCCACCUUAAGACUAAUCCAAUCUACACAGCUGACACUACAACAAGUUCAAGCAAGUGAAGCAAAUUUAGACACUGAUUUGGAAUGGAGUCAUGCUAAACCCUUUACUGAAAUACCCACUAAUGGAACCUUUAAUAGCAUAAGGGAAUUAAUGCCUGGUGGCAAACACUAUAAGAAAAACUUUAUUAAAUAUUUAUCCGAAUUAAAAGAAGACUACGGCGAUGUAUUUUUAAUGCCUGCCAUGCUUGGAAGAGAAGCAAUUUUAAUAACUCAUAAUCCUGAAGAUUUUGAGCGUGUUUUUCGUAACGAAGGAAUUUGGCCACUACGUCCUGGUUCAAAAGCACUGAGGUAUCAUAGAGAGAAGCACAGAGCGGACUUUUUUGAAAACAUUGAAGGGCUUAUAUCUACACAAGGAGAAAAAUGGGGUAAUUUUCGAUCAGCAGUAAAUCCAGUGUUAAUGCAACCGAAAAAUGUCAAAUUGUAUUUGCAAAAAAUGUCACAGGUCAACUGUGAUUUUGUUGAUAGAAUUAAGGAAAUAAGAGAUCCUCGUACACUUGAAGUACCUGAUAACUUUGAAGAAGAGAUUAAUCGUUGGACACUGGAAUCAGUAUCAAUUGUUGCACUUGACAAGCAAUUAGGUUUGCUAAAAGAAAAUCGUGACAACAAAGAAGCCAAACAACUAUUUAACAAUCUUACCGAAUUUUUCACGUUAUCACUUGAUCUGGAACUCAAGCCCCCAGUAUGGAAGUUUGUACUAACACCAACAAUGAAGGCUUAUUUAAAAUGUUUGGACAAUAUACAGAAUGUUACCUUAAGUUAUGUAAAUGAGGCUAUAGAACGUUUGGAAAAGGAGCACGAAGCAGGCAUUGAAAAACCGGACAAUCAAAAGAGUGUCAUAGAAAAAUUAUUAAAAAUCAAUAAGAAACUUGCAACAGUAAUGGCUAUGGAUAUGUUAAUGGCAGGAGUAGAUACCACAUCGUCUGCUUUCACUGGUAUUAUGUUGUGCUUAGCAAAAAAUCCAGAAAAGCAAGAGAAACUACGUGAAGAAAUCUUGAAAAUAUUACCAGAUAAGACCUCAGAUUUUACUGAUACCUCUUUAAAAAAUAUGCCAUACUUACGUGCUUGCAUUAAGGAAUCGUUAAGAUUAUAUCCUGUAGUUGAACUUAAUGCUCGUACACCGCAAAGAGAUGUAGUGCUGAGUGGAUAUCAAGUACCGAAAGGAACUCAAGUUUCUAUGGUUUCAACAACUCUACGAAAAAAUGAAAAGUAUUAUACGAAAGCUGAAGAAUUUAUCCCAGAACGUUGGCUAAGGCAAAACAAGGACUCUGAAAAUCAAUCUUCUAAUGAAUUGAAGGUCACAAAUCCAUUCAUAUAUCUGCCAUUCGGAUUCGGUUCUAGAAGUUGCAUUGGAAAGCGGGUAGUUGAAAUGGAACUGGAGUUGGGCAUAGCCAGAAUUAUUAGAAACUUUAAAGUGGAAUUUAAUCACCCAGUCGAUGAAGCUUUCAAGGCCUUAAUUAUCAAUGUACCAAAUAUACCAUUAAAAUUCAAAUUUACAGAUGUUUAGUGUUUGGAAUUGAAAUCAUUGGUAAAAAUUGUUAUA